AUGGACUCCAAAUUAGAAAACAAUGAAGUAGAAGAAAGAAUAAUUAUUAGAAAGCCUCCUUGUAAUUGCUCUAUUUUACAUAAAAUUUACAAUACAGGUUAAUUUUAUCAUAAAAUAUUAGUGAAUGCUGCAUAUAAAAUAGGUUAAUUAACAUUCUAACAAGAAAAUAGAAGUGAUUAAUUUUAAACUUGUGUUAAAAAUACUAAAGAAUGA